AUGCUUCUUAAAACUUCCACCUUGACUCGCCUUUCGGCCCCUCUAUCUCGCUUGCCUAUCGCUCAGCGUACAUUUUCAUCCUCUCCAAUCUCCCGUUUCUCUAACUCAACCUUCAAAAUGGGCGUCACCAAGAUCGAGAGCGAGCAGCAGUGGAAGGAGCUCGUUGAGAACAGCCAGGAGCCCGUCGUUGUCGACUUCUUCGCCACCUGGUGCGGUCCCUGCAAGGCCAUCUCUCCCAUCGUCGAGAAGCUGAGCGACAGCGUCACCUCCGUCAAGUUCUACAAGGUCGACGUUGACGAGCUCGCCAGUGUUGCUGCCAACAACGGCAUCUCCGCCAUGCCCACCUUCCUGUUCUACAAAGAUGGCGCGAAGGUUGAUGCCCUGACCGUUCGCGGCGCCAACCCCCCCGCUAUCCAGAAGGCUGUCGCUGAGAUCUCCGCAUAA